AUGGCUACAGAAGUCGACCCUGAACAGCAGAAUGCCACCCCGCAGUCGGGAGGGAGACGCAUCUUUGGCUACAAGAUCCCAAGACACUCCGCUCCCAUGGUUCAGAUUGUGAUCGUCGGUUUUAUCCUCUUCCUCAAUCCUGGAAUGUAUAAUGCCUUGGCCGGGCUUGGAGGGGCUGGACAAGUGGAUGCUACGGCGCAGAACAAUGCCGGUAUUGCCUUGCACACGACCUUUGCGGUGAUAGGCUUCGUGGUGGGAAUCGCACACAACUACCUUGGCACCAAAUGGACCAUGGCAAUUGGAGGAAUCGGCUACUGCGUUUAUUCUGCAGCUUUCUUGUGUUACAACCACACCCGAAAUGAGGGAUUCGUCAUCUUCUCCGGUGCCCUUUUGGGUUUCUGUGCAUCCUUCCUCUGGUGUGCGCAAGGUGUGGUGAUGAUGUCCUAUCCCACUGAAUCUCAGCGAGGCCGAGCCAUCUCGAUCACAUGGUUCUUGUUCAAUCUGGGGGCCGUUAUAGGAGCAGCGGUGUCGUUGGGUCAGAAUUGGAGUGUCAAGGCCGGCCACGUCACCGACGGCACGUAUGUUGGCUUCAUUGUGCUCGAGGCAGCCGGUGCUCUCCUGUGCUGCUUCCUCACCCCGAGUGAGAAGAUCAUUCGGAGCGACGGAACAAAGGUGCAGAGGGUUGUUCACCCAGGUCUGAAAUCCGACAUUGUCGGCCUCUACACCACCCUGGUUUCAGACCCCUGGGUUCUAUUGCUGUUUCCCAUGUUCUUCGCCUCCAAUUACUUCUACACAUACCAGUUCAAUGACGUCAACGCCUACUACUUCUCCACGCGAACGCGGGCUUUUAACAAUAUUUUCUACUGGAUUACACAGAUCAUAGGCGCGUUAGCCUUUGGGGCCUUCCUCGACUGGACCCGGUUCAGCCGUCGUGCCCGAGCACUCAUGUCCUGGGGCAUCCUGUUCACGUUAGUCAUGGCCAUCUGGGGCGGCGGCUUCGCCUUCCUCCAGAAGACGAACCGUGCGGUCAAGGGCCCGGGAAUGGACCUGUUCGAUACCGACUACGUCUGGUACCUCUUCCUCUACAUGUCUUAUGGCCUGCUCGAUUCUCUUUGGCAGGUCUUCUGCUACUACACGAUGGGAGCCAUGUCCAAUGACCCGCGCAAACUCGCCUACUACGCUGGCUUCUACAAGUCCAUCCAAGCCGUUGGUGCUACUACGAUCUCGAAACUUGAUGCGGAGAAAGUCGCUUUCGGUGUCAAUUUCGGCACCAGCUGGGGAUUAAUGGCAGGUGGACUGGUCAUUGCGCUGCCUCUCUAUCUCUGGCGCCUGCACAACACUGAAGUCACGGAUGAAGACUUUGUCGAGGGCAAAUCUGUCGAGGCCACGGGCAGGAUUCCCAUCACCAUUGGGGAACACAAGAGCGAUGGGAUCAGCGUCGUCAGCAACAAAGGUGCUCUUUGA